CCUCUGGUCCUGACACUCACACACACACACACACUUUCCGGUGGAGAGUCUGCAGUGUGCUGCCAGUCUUUGAGCUGGAGAGACACUCAGACGACACACACAAGAGAAAACUCUUAAAAACAAACUUUGAUCGCAACUUCCCUGCAUUAUUUUUUUUUUUACUGCCGUGAAUGCAAACAGAAGGCCUGCUUUUGCUUUUCUUAUUUCCUCUGAGGAUGGAUUUAUUUCAACAGAAAGCUGCGAUGCUUCCACUCUACCUCUUGGCUUUUGCUGCCACCGUCCAGGCCCACAACCAGCUGUUGCCAGGCUCCUGCAACUUUGAGUCCGACACCUGCGGAUACACGUCAGAUGCAGACUUUACCAGCUGGAACCUGCACAAAGAUGGUCAUUUUAUGGCAGUGGACGCAGUCAUGACUGAUGACCAGGAUACGGCGAUAGGUGCAGAUGCUGAGCGACAGGGGGAGGUCACAGGGGUCCUGCUGAGCCCUGCCAUGGAGCAGAGUGAGUGGAGCUGCCUCAGGCUAGUCUACCAGAUCACCGGGUCUGGCAGCCUUGAGGUCCUGCAGCGCACAGAGGGGAAGAGCUUCGACAAGCCGCUGUGGAGCAGCCAGGAGCCCUCUGACAGCUGGGUUAUCUCAAGCAUGGACCUGCAGAACACUACUGAGCCCUACAGGGUUGUCAUCGAAGGUAAACCUGGACGGAGCGCUGGGAGCAGCGUGGCCAUCUUUGAGAUCCACAUAAGCCCCGGAUACUGUCUGGAGUGUGAUUUCGAGGAGUCUCACCUGUGUGGAUACAGUAAUCAGUGGAACGCCAACGUGAACUGGUAUGUGGGAGGAGGCGGGACCCAGGUGGUUAACAACAACAUAAAUGACCACACAUACAACAACAAGACAGGUCACUUGAUGUACGUGGACUCCAUCUACGCCAAGACUUUCAAAGAAGUGGCCAAGCUUGUGUCUCCCAUGACGACGGUGCCCAUGUCCGGCUGCCUGAGUUUUCAGUACCAGCGAAGCGAGGAGAGAGGGAACCUGUUCUCUGUUUACACCAGGGACCGACUGGGUCAGUACCAGGAGCUGUGGAAGGCGGGAACAGAGAGCCACAGUGAUUGGAGCGAGAUGCCGGGAGAAUGGAUACCUGUGCAGGUGGACCUGAAGGCACCGUACUCUGUACAGGUGGUCUUUGAAGUGGCCUUUAACAGUCCGAGAGGCGGACGUGUUGCAGUUGAUGACAUUUCCUUUUCUCCAGAGUUUUGCAGCACAGACUCUGAGCCGACCUUCGACCCCUCCAUCUGCAACUGCAACUUUGAGGCAGGUCUCUGCCGCUACACCCAGGUGCAGGGGACGGAGUCGUCGUGGAGGAGAGUAUCCGUGAAGCCCAACAUAUUUCGGAAUGGAGACCACACCACAGGUGGAGGAUCUUUCCUGUUGGCUCACUCCCGAGUCAGCCCACGCUCCGGAUACGUUAGCCGCCUGAUGGGUCCAACUCUGCCAGGGAACACGAAGUACUGCCUGAGAUUCUUCUACUCACUGAGAGGUUUCAACCAGACGGACCGGGCUCUCGCAGUGUAUCUGCAGCAGAUCAGCAGCCAGGAGAGGAUCUGGACUCAAGCGGUGAAGUCAAGAGGAAUCUGGAUUGCGACGGAAGUCACCUUCCAGACGACACAGCCUGCAAAGGUGGCUUUCGUCAGCACCUGCAGGAGCUUCUGGGACUGCGGCUCUGUGGCUUUGGACGACAUCAGCGUGAGCCUCGGAGACUGUGAGCUGACAGCAGGUUCGUUGGCGUUGUCUCUCCCGGGACACUGUGACUUUGAGGCUGGCCUGUGUGGCUACACUCAGGACAAGCAGAGCGAUGAGGCCGACUGGGAAUGGAGGAGAGGACCCACCCCGACCUCGUACACGGGUCCAAGAGGAGACCACACCAUGGGACUCGGAUACUACAUGUACUUGGAGGCGUCACCCUUAGUGCCUGGCCAGAGUGCACGGCUGCUGUCCCGCCCUCUGAGAGGCUCCAGACAGCCUCAGUGUCUGAGCUUCUACUAUCACAUGUACGGCUCAGGCACGGGCCAGCUCAGCGUUCACCUCGACAAGGAUGGAGACGACGUGUUGCUGUGGCAACGGAGCGGCGAACAGAGCAUUGCCUGGCUGAGGGCCACAGUGGACUUCCAGUGUGACAGCCAGCAUCAGAUUGUGUUUGAAGCGAUCAGGGGCUCAUCAGUGAGGAGCGACAUCGCCAUCGAUGACAUUUUACUAGAAAGCGGACCUUGCCCAGAAAUGGAACUCAGGGCCACUGUGGGAUCCUCCAACGAGAUCGAGUAGAAGGCAAGAGGAGAGCAGCUGUGUAGGAUGCAUGAACACCGUUUUUUGCUUUCUUUAAAAAAAAAAAAAGAAAAAGAAAAAAAAAGUGCACACUGCAGACUCCUGACUCCGACAUGUGAUUCUGAGCAUGAAGGGAUGUGGGUAAAAUACAACUUUUCUUGUAGUUGUGUUUUCAUGGAGCGAAACAUAUCAGUCGUGUCAUAGUCAGCAUUUCUCUCUGCACUGUAGCAACAGAGAGCGUGUUAAACUGUGUUUUUCUUCACAAUAAUAUGCAUUAGAUUAAUGCUCAUUGCUCUAAUAAAGUGAGAAGGUUCUUCCACAUGA